GUCGUAGAGUAAAAUACUAAAGGCAAGGGAAUGAGAUUUCUUGUAUAGGCAAGAGUGAAUGAGUCGAAGAGAACGCACCCAAGGAAGAGAGACUACGAGGAAAACCUCCCGAAGCUGGUCAGUGCGCACGUGAGGGUGCUAGUGGUAGGACGUGUAGGUAGUCGCUCUCCGACCUCCUGUCAUCGUGUAUGAGCCAUCUCUACUACGCAUGGCGGACAGCAUCCUCCUCUUUUAUCCGUAGAAACAUAACAACAACAACCAUUCGCUAAAAAUCAAGUGACUGUGCGUAAACUUAAGGAGAGCACUUGUGGAACUAAAUGAUUUAUAAAGAAAAUGAUGUGAGACUUCGAAUAAGCGGCGAAUAUUGUGUGAAUUAAGCCAUGUUUCACCUCGACCGGAUUCUUAAUGUCAGUGUUUCGUGAUCAUUUUUCCGCCACUUAAAUUUUAGAUGAAACGAGGAAGCGGAGCAACGUUCUGAAAUCGUGUCGUGGAUUUUUAAUGAUCUAUUUGCUACAGGUUUAAGAUUAAUUGCACAGUAUGCUCAAGUGGACUCUGCGAAAUUCCACUGAUGCUCCAACGCCCCCUUUGCCCGAUGUCCGAUACCAAGUCAGACGUGCCGAAGUCAAGCUCAACCUCAAGGAUUCGAACAAGUGCUGGUUAGAAACACAGGUCAAAGUCGCCCAGGUUAGAUCUACCUCAAAAAUAGCUGGAACUGCCAAAGAAAACGAGGUCUUGCUGGCCAGAGAAAAUGGGAAAUUAUUUCAAGAGAAGGAGAACGAGUCCAUUUUCAGAAGGCUGAUCUCUCCCUCCCACUCGUACGCAGACGACGAUAAGAAGAGAAAAAGACAUCACAAGCAUUACAGAAACAGCUCCUGCAGAUGCAACCCGUUGGACCCACUGCGCCUCUUCUCUGGCGAGGUGACCGACAGCGAUACCGGCAGUGUGUACAUGCGGCUGGAGCACACGCCCGUCGCCCUCCAGCCCCGCCCUCAGGUGGUUGCCACGACGGGGCCCCACGACCCGAGACGGAAGCCCCUCUGUGAUAUCUCCAACGGCGACUACAGCGACCUUCGGAAGCAUCUGCAGUGCAUCUCCUCCCCCUCUGCGUCCUCCUCUCACCUCCACCAUCAUCACCAUCACCUUCAUCACCAUCCUCAUCCCCAAGAGCUGCCUCAGUACCUGCAGAAGUUCGCCGCCCCUCCUCACGCCCACGGCCAUGGCAGGCACUACAGCGGUCAUUUUCAGCGCUCCAUCCCUCCCCCACCAAGACCUGACCCGCUGGGGGCAUCAGACUCUCAAUCGAACCUCAACCUUGACCCCAGAAGGAGGUCGCGCUCAUCCUCGAGAUCAAGAUCUCGGUCGUCCUCAGCACCCCGUUCCCUUCCUUUAACCGCCAUUAACUCGAGCCUACUCGAAGGCAGCACCCUCACCACUACCUCGAGCCACAACAGCAGCAGCAGCGCGAGGGGCGUUGCCGAGGGUAAGAGCCAGUCCAUGAUCCAGGAAGGGCCGUGCCCGCCGGAGGGACACUCCCACUAUCUGAAGAGGCACUCCAUAGCCGACAUCCCCUCAGAGGCGUCCUUUCGGGGCGUGUGGCAGAUCCAGAAGGAGAGGAGAGGGAGGUCCUCCAGUCACGAGAGGAAGAAGGAGAAGUCCUACGAGAGGGUGAGGUCCCCCAGGCAUCUCAGGGACAGGAGAAAAGACAAGGAAGAGGCGGUCAAGGAGGAAGGUCGAGGGAAGACUCCAAGGGAGAGGGUGGAAGGGAGGAGAGCCUCGAGGGAGAAGGUCAAGGAGGAGCCCAUAUACGAGAGGGUCGACAACGGGGACACCUCCGAGUCGAGUAAAACCAACUCCGGGUCGAGUCUGAACUCCAAAAAUAGCCACAAUUCUUUCGACAACGCCGUGUACAUGUCCAUGAAAGACCUGAGGGAGCGCUGCACUCAUGACAAUCCCGACGACUGUUCCUGCCAGCAGGAACACCUGUACUCUUCCCUUCAUCUGCGAAUAUCACCCGACCCCAAUAAAACUCCCGUCCACAUGCACGAUCACCUGUACGAAAACAUGUUGUAUUUACCCAUGACCGAAGUCAAAAGCGUCGUUAAAAAACCCAUCGAUCUAAAUAGACCCUUGCCAGAUCCUCCGAAUUUCGAGGACGCGGAGUUAGACAAUACCUGUGAUUUUACCUCCGAGCCUCAAAAGGACAUUCACAAACCGGUGGCUAUUAAAAUAUCGAACGACCUGAUCGCUCGUUUCGGCAAGUCCCCUAACGACAGACAGCACCCUAUGCCUCAGUAUGGCCUGUACAUCGCGACGCAACCGUCGAAGAAGCCCUGCAAGAUCGAAGACUGCCAUCAGUCGGACGGCCGUCGCAGUCAGGCCGACAAACCGGGAAAGGUGUACAAAAGCACCGGGCAGCACGUCCACAUCAAUUACUCUCACGAAAAGCACGAUAGCCCCUCCAUCCCCUUGCAUAACUUGAGACCGCCCCCGCCCCCUCCACCUCGAAAGUCCAGGUCGAGUCAGGGCAGCAGCUCGAAGACCAAAGCCAAAUCCAAAGGCUCAACCAAACCAAAGUUAGAUCCUCAUCUCCCUGUGAUAUACGAAAAUACGAGGCAAGAGGAAGAGUUAGUCCAUUCGGCCAAGAAACGGAAAUUAAGACACAGCAUGGAAAUAGAAUUCAGCUUCGACGACGAAGUUCGGCGCAUGAGUAGAUCGUCGGAGGAGGCGAGCGUGUCGGGGUCAAGCCCCAGAGAACGUAACACCUCUGGCAGCGAUAACCCGGACAGCGGCGUAUCUGAGGGCGUGAAUACCCCUCUCGUUAGUCCUCUCAGCGCCCCGAGAAGCCCCCAGACACCGAGAAGUGACAGCCUGCUAGAAGAGCCUUGCACGCCCCUUACUAUGGAUGAGUUGCACGGUUGCAAUAAGAGUCCCAAAGAGAACAUCGACGCGAAUAGGACCUCCAAUAUAUAUGUAAAUUUAUCCCAUGACGUGACGGAUCCUCGUUUCCUGAGCCUCCUGAGGGAUUCGGGUCAUCUCGGACAAAGCAUCGCGGAAGCUUAUAUCGACGACCUCUUUCAUCAGGUGAGCCAGCAGGUAAUGCAACAAACUCACUCAAGUAUGUCGACGUCCAAUUUCGAGUCCACCUGCCGCAGUUUUGAUCAGCUGGAAAGUCCGGUGCCGAGUAAGAGCGUCGAUUUGAGCAAAAUGCUUCUGAGUGCCGUCGGUAGGAAUUUAUUUUCCGAGUCAACCAAAGUAUCCACGCCAGAUCGGGAGACGAGGACCCAUUCCGGCGAUGCUCCUCAUAAUACUUCAUCGCUGUCGAGGAGGCAUUCGUUCUCAAGUCUGGCCGAAAUUUCCCGUAGACUUUCCAAGAUCGAAUUUCAUGACGACACUACGUCCCUCUGGGGCUUGGAGGUGUCCGACCAUGAUGCUUCUUCUUCCCCUUCCCUCAAGAAAACCAAAUCCCUGCACUGCCUAGAUUUAUCUGUCAAGAGUAGUCCGGUUACUGGCAAUGUCCCGCUGAUGGAUUCCAUGGCUGAAAUUCUCAAAGACCCGGAGGAAAUGAGCUUUAGAUUCCCAGCGAGCAAAUCCCAACUAUUAUCUCAUAGCAAAAUGUCGGCGAACCCCGAGGAAAGUGAACAAUCAGGACAAUGGUGGCUGCUGGGGGAGGGAGGCGGUCGUGGUGGGCGUGGAUAUUGGAAUGAAGAUGGGAGUGAGGAAGAAAAGGGGGAGGGUAGGACGGGGGAGGCAUCCCCCACAGAAGGGUCAGGUAAAAGGGCAGGUGGUGGUCAGGCAGCCCAGCCAGGUUCAUUCAGUGAACUGCCUUCGUCCCACGACCGUCAUCCCAUCUCAUCUCAGCCUUCCAUCACCCCAGCUUCCCAUCGUUCCCCUACGAGUAACCCGACACUACCACUUCCGGUGAUGAGCGGAGGGCAGCAGCAUCUGGGUAUGGGUCGUGAGAGUGCCUCUUCCUCCUCCUCCUCCUCCUCCUCUUCCUGCUAUUCAGUGCCUCUUGGGCCACCAUCCUGCGAGGAAGAGAAUAGUUCCCGACUCAAUCUGAGUCAGUGUGCGAGUGGUUGCGGCGGUGACUCGACCGUCCUCACGUUAGACAACUCGAGUCAGCUGACGUCUCGUCAGCAGCGCCGACAGGAGGAGAGUAGCUACCGCCUUCAGCGCAUGUUACAGGAUCGUUCACGCUCUCCUCAGGAAACCGAGCAGGAUGAGUCGGUGAGCGCCGAUUGGUCUAUGGAAGCUGUCCUGGACGAGGCCUCGACUUUCGAGCACCACGACCUUGAUCCCGAAAACAGCGACCUCCCCGAAUCGCCGGAGUCGCAGGAGUCCAUCAGUCUGUACGCCCUGGGCAGUGAGUUCGCCGACAGCAUCUACAUCAGCCCCCAACUGUGCGAGAAGAUCAAAGAAGUGUCCGAAGAGAAGAUGCUGGCCAGGUUGCGGAAAUCCUUCCGUAGCAAAAAGGAGAAGGCUCCCCCGGGCCAUGGACCCGUCGUGAUCAACAAUAACAGCGGGAGUUCGAAGCCAAAAGUCGGGAUUUUGAUGUUUGUGGACAAUCCUAUGUAUUUGAGUCCCGAAGUGAAAAAAGAGGCGAAGGUCGUCAGUGCUCAACAGCAGGGUAGUGUGUGGUAUGUGGGCAACCCAAUGUACAAUUCACCUGGUCCCGAUAAACUGAGAAACCUAAAUUACGACGCCAAACAAAAGGCGAUCUGCGAGAAGGAAAAUCAGAGGAAUGCCCGUUUAGCUAAAGCCGUGUGUCAAAAUAAUAAUCUUAGGAAGCCUUUGGGCAGCUUGUGGUUGCAAAGCAAUCCCUGUUAUUACUCUCCCGAUGUCAAGAAUCAUUUGUCGUCAAACACCAACAAUAAACUCAGUAACAACAACAACAAUGAUAAUAAGACGAACAACCCUACCUCAGUCCCGAAGACCUACGUGCGCGAGAAACCAGAUGACCACUACCUAACUCCGAUAUCUGUCAAACAUCCGAAGAACUUCCUACCCAAACCGUCCGCCGUGCCUUUGGAUAAACUGAACGACGGAGACAUCCUCGAUCUGCAGAAGUUUAUCGACCACGAAUACUGCACCAUCCCCGGAGACGAGUCUGACUCGUGGGUGAGUCAGUCGACCUCGAGGAAAAGCGACUCUCCCGUCGCCAGGAGAACACUCGAGUUCGGUGCCAUUAAGAAGCAGAGAGAGGAGAAGGCUGCCAAGAAACCGAUCACGCCCUCCAGGAUAUGGCGCCAGACGGGGAAGAACCAGCACUCCACUCCGAGGAAGUACCAGGGGACGUUGGAGAAGAACCUAGACACAGGGGCUGCCCUGGGGACUAGGGCGCAUAGGACCCCAAGGGCUGUGAAGAGAGGAAAAAAGACAAGGGAAACCGCUCAGGUAUUCCCGGGGCAACAGCCCCACUCCCCCGCCCUCCCAGCACGUCCCCACCCGGGGCACCACCAUUACGUCAAUGAGAGGACACAUCCGCCUCACUCGAGGUUCGAGGACACGAGCGACUUCCACCGCCAGGGCCCCGAGGACCUGGACGACUCCACGAAGUUCCAGCUGCCCCCCGACAGCGUCUACGAGAGCAUCACCUUCCUGCAGGGGAAGUCCGAGAAGAAGCUGCCCCCCGAAUGGGUCGCCCAGUCUCGGAUCCUCGACCGGGCGCCUCCCACGGGGCUGUCCUCCUGCGUAGGAUCGUCCGUCUACUCGUCGUCUUCCUCCUCCUCCUCCUCGAGGAACUGCUCCAGGAAGGGCGGAGGAGACCGCGUACGGCGCUCCGCAUCCUGCGCGUCCUCCUUCCCGUCGGGGACAAAAAACGGCCUGGGCCCAGGCUCUCUGAGCGAAGGGAGCCUGAAGGCGCGGUCUGUCAAGAAGUGUUCCACCACCAGGAAGGUUACCAAGAAGUAUCGGGCCAGAGACGUCUUACAAGGAAAGGGUCAGUUAAAAUUAGCUGUGUACGAGAACUUUGGUCUAUUGACGAUUCACAUCAUCGAGGCAAAGAAAUUAAGGUCACGGCUUUCUAGCGUCUGCAAUCCGUAUGUGAAGAUUUCCCUAGUCCCUGACACGGAGGAGAGAACCUUCUGCCGGACCCCGCUGGUGAGGGCCACGAACGCCCCCCACUUCGAUCAGAAAUUCAGUUUUGAUUUCUUGCCCGAGGACCUCGAUAAGCGUCUGCUGGUGUCCGUCUGGAGCAGGGAUACCCUGAGGAAGAGAAGCGAAUUUCUUGGUUGCAUGUCUUUCAGUAUCGCCCACAUCUCGACAAAGCGAGUCCAUGGCUGGUUCCGACUGCUGACGGAGACUCUCGGGCGCAGAAAACACUUCGCUGUCUCCUUCUUGAACGCAUCGCACGACACAACCAGAAGCAAGAUGGAAGAAGUUCUGAUUCUGGACGACCGCCCCUCCACGACAAAUAACAAUGACAAUGAGAGGGAACCACUCUACAGUACCUUAGAACACCAUCAAGGUCAGCGCCGUGCAAUGCAGUCGGCCUCGACCGCUAAGGAUGGCCUCGUGGAACUGGUAUUGGACCUCGAGGACGACCUGCCGGAAGACGCAUUCUUCUGCCGCCGACCGCCUCUCCCAAAUCAUCAGCCUGCGAACGAGAAUGAGUUAGUGGGUAACUCCCCCCAGAAGCCCAGAGGACAGACUCCUUAUACCAUCACCAUCGGCAUUUCCAAAGGCAACCAAGGUUACGGCUUCAGCGUGAAAUGGACCAAGCCCCCGCGAGUGGAGAGGGUGGAGCCAGGCCUGGCAGCCGAUCGAGCCGGGCUCAGGGCCGGAGACUACAUCAUCUUCAUCGGCGAACACAACGUCGUCAAGUACGACGAAAAUGCAGUUCUUCAAAUAAUCAGAGAGUGCGGGGAAACCCUCAUCAUGGAGGUGUACCGCAGGGGAAUCACUAAGGUCCCUCGCGGUUUGGCCAACGGCUACGCCAACCGAGCCUCCAUCAGCGAGUCCAAUGAGUCCCACCCAAGGAAGCGACUGAGCCAUAUUACUUUCAACUCGGAGGGUGGCGAGCAGGACCGUCAGAACAUCAUCUACAAUCUCAUCAACUGCGAACAGGCCUUCAGCAACGCCUGCAGGUUCGGCCUCGAACGCUACUUCAUCCCCCUCAAGUUCCGAACAGACCUCAUCACGCAGGCUCAGCAUUCUCAGCUUUUCAGCAAUAUGGACCAGCUGGUGGACAUGUCGGACAGCGUCGUCGACAGACUCAUGGGUAAUGAUGAUGACGAUGGCAUCGGAGACAAUGUGGGAUUCAUCUAUUACCAGAUGGUCGACGAAAUGGCCGAGAACUACAGCAAAUAUUUCAGCGGACUUCCCGAAGCCGAUAAACUCCUCUCCCACAAACUGCACGAGAUCGAUUUCAAGGAUUUCUUGCUGACCCCCCAAAUACCUCGCAAGAAGCCCGACAUAACCACUUUCAUACACAAACCCGCAGAGCAUAUACGUGAGCUGGUGGGUUUCCUGACGAAGUUGUACUCGUCCUCGCCAGGCCACAAGGAUAAUACUUACCUGGACACCGUGCUUGAUCGACUAAAGGCGUGUUACAGAGGCAUGACCAGCCAGCAGAACAUAAUGGAGCCAACGCCCCCGCUGUCCCCGACAGGUGUAGCCGGCAAUGCCCUGAGGCCUCCCUUGGUGUCCGUCUCGGACAUCGAACAACGUCUUGUGUUCACCAAGUACACACAGCCCUUCCGCCUGCACGACAACCGUCGCCAGUGGGUGUUCGGAGGCGAACUGUACAAGUUCGAGGGCAGGAACCUGAAGCAGUACUGGGUGAUGCUGUUCAAUGACCUCCUGCUCUUCACCAAGAUCAACCGAGACAGGGUCAUCUUCGUCAUGGAGGAUCCGGUGCCUCUGACUGCAGUCUUGCACGCUCUCUUCACCGUCAAAAAAAAAGCAACGGAGUUCAGACUGAUCAUCGACACCACCGUCAAGGUGGCAGGAGCCACGAACAGCUACAUGACGCUGCCCAGGACUCAGCGAGCAGCGAGGAAGAAGAAGAAUCACAACACCGUUACUCUGGGGAGGGAAAACAAACGUACCCUUGUUCUGAGGGCACCCACCCUCGAACUCAAGGCCACUUGGAGUAACCUCAUACAAAGACAGCUUUACGUGUGCCAGCAAAUGCCAUCGCCUCCUUCACUCUACGGAGAAAGCGCGCCCAGUCUUGGUCGAGCAGUCAGCACGGACGGUCUGCACUCUCCUCCCGCUGUCGGUGCUGGACGAUUCAGCUGUUCGGUUGGGGAUUUACGUCCUGGUGGUGAAACCGAAGAAGUGGUCGAACUGAAUGAUGUCCGACCAAAGCCUGCUCAGAGGUUGGUCUUUAAGUCUUCAAAAGUUAUAGGAACAAACCGCAGAGAGAGGAUUGAAGAAAUUGAGCUCGGUUUUGAGGAUGGACCAGAGACAGAGGAACAUUUUCCAUCGCAUCAGGGAGGAACUGCAAUACCCCCUAGUAAUGGUAAUCCAGUAGCAAAUCAUAGGCAGGCCUUCACUGAAGGUCAAGAUGAUCUAAUACUAAAUAUCCAGGAUGAAGGGCGACAGAGUUAUUCCUCAAAUGCUGCGCGGUAUGGGAAGUCUAAGUCCUCCAAAGUAAAGCAGAAAGGUGGUCGAAGUCGCAAAGGAGGCAAACGCUUCUCGCGAGGUGGUGGUGGAGGGGGUUAUGCUGAGGAAGUUGUCCUUAACAUGAACGAUGAGCCUCCUCAUCCUGUUUCUCAAGGUAACAAUGAUCCUUCUCGAAUGAGUGGUGCCUUAUACAACCGUAGUGAUAGCCAGGAAUCGGUUCCUGACAUUGUUGUAACCCGGAAUGAUGAUUCUGUUGCUAUUAAUGGAAAUUACCCAGUCAAUGAUGAUGAAGAUGAAGAGGACUUUGUUAUAGAAGAUAUAAGAACUGGUGUCCAGACCUAUCUUGAUCCGAAGAAGAAGGGAAUUGGCAGUAAAGUUAAGGACAAAUUGUUCCCAAACAGACAUUUGCCUAAGGCUAAGAAGAUUGACAGAGCAAAGAAAGUUGAGCAGUUUGUUGAUUCUAUUAUGAUAGAAGAUUUGAAUCGUGGGGGACGAGUGACUCCUAUAUUUGACAGAGAAGAAUACCUAACACAUGAUGACUAUACUCAGAAAAGGCACACCUUACUCCAAAAUCACCCAAAGAAUUUCAUUGAAGGUGACACAGAAAUCAUUACACUAGAUUUUCCAACUACUUCUUCCCUUAGUCCCCAGAGUGCCGAACUUGCAAUGGAAGAAGAAAAAAGACAGUUAAUCAUGAAGAGAAAAGAAAAUAAAAAGAAAGGUUUGACACUGGAGGGCAUAGAAGAAGAGUCCCCAGAUCACUCUAGCAGUGCCCAGAAGCCUAUUAUAUCCCCUGAAGCUUAUGAGGAUUACAUUGGUGAGUCUGUUGAAAAUGAUUACCCUGAACUAGCAGGAGGAUCGGAUUUCCAAAACGACCAGUACGAUGAUGAGUUAUUUGCACAAAGAGAACAAGAACUGUAUGAAGAGGAGCAGAGAAGGCUUCAACGCGAGCAGGAGGAGUACGAGUUACAACUAAAGGAGGAAGAGUUACGUCAACAACAGGAAGAAGAAGAACGUUUGCAAGAAAUGCUGAAACAGCAGCAACAGGAGGAACUGCGUUUACAGGAGGAGCAACAGCAAUUGCAGUGGCAGCAGCAGCAGCAGGAACUUGAGGAGCAAAAGCCCACAGGUCCACUUUCAGGUUCAGCAUCAAUGAGUUUCAUGGAUGACCACAGUCCAACAAGUAAUGGUAUGGCUGACAGCCAAAGGCUCAAACGCUAUGGGAGCAGUUGUGACAUUGCCCAGUUUGGAGUGUAUGGAGAAAGUACUUCGAGUUAUGGUAGACAUAAUGAUUUUAAUGCUAAUGCAGACUCCUACAACUGUAAGUCAAAGGUUGGAGGGACUGGUUCUGGAGCCUUUGUCGCUGAUAAGUUAGCAGUGUUUGAGAGGGUCGUAGAAGAAGAACACAGGAAGUUCAUUGAAUGUCAAGAAGUACGGAAGCGUAUUUUCAGGCAGCCGAAAAAGAGUGGCGAAUAUCUGGACAAAUUUUACAGCCCACAGGUCAUUGAAAAUAUUGAUGCAAGAGCUAGCGUCAGAAGCCGAAAACUGCGUUACUAUGAUGACGUUUUUGACAGCGAUGACAAUCUACGGUCCCCUUCUCCAAAUAGGGCACGAUCUCCUCCUUCCAGAACGUUGUCUCCUCCUAAAAGUAGCAAUGUUGCAAGUCCAUCAGGAUACAGAGUUCCAGUUCCAGAACCCCCGUCUUUCUCGCCCCAGCCUCGAAGCCAUGUCAUCUACUCUAACAGCAGUGAGCCAAGUGAACCGGCUCGUUCUCCUUCGCCUCUGCCAGUGGAGGAUGAUUAUGACUACGAUGUUUAUGGUUACUUGGGAAAUGGACCCCAGCCAAGUUCUCCGGGGCCUGCAUAUGGCAACAACACUACUCGCCAGUGCUCGCCUGAGCCUCAGUCGCAGGCAGCCAAGGAGAUGUACCCCACCUCCAGCCGGGUGACUUCGCCAGGUCCGAGCAGCAGUGCCUUGCAAGUAGACCGUGUCAGCUCUUUAGACAAACAGACAGAUGAGGUGAUGGAGAUGUUAGAUAACAGUUACUUAGAUAUGAAUGACCUCGAUGCGGUGAACGGACCGACAACAGGUAAAUUAGAGAACAACGGCAGGAGUGGCAGCUACGACGCGGUCAACAUGAACGCUCCUAGUUCAUCCUCGAUGGAUGCGCGCGACCCACUGGACGAUGUCUUCGAAAUUGAAGAUUACGACAACAUGGGCUCGAGCACGUCAGUCGGUCGAGGGGGACACAAGAGGAAGGCCGCACCAGCUCCUCCUCCACCCAACGCCUCCUCCUCCUCCUCCACCUCCACUUCGGAGAACAAGCUGGGCGGCUUCUUCAACAGGGUGAGGAAGGACAAGGAAAAGGAUGUAGACAGGGCGAGGAUGAAGAAGACGAAGGAGAAGAAAGAAAACAAGGACAAAGAGAAGCCUGCAGGAAAGAGGUUCCAACUUUUUGGCGGAGCUAAAAAGGCAAACGAAUCCAGUACUGCAGAAGGUGCUGAAGAGAAUUCUCCUAAGAAGGACAAGAAGGACGACAAAGGCAAACGUCGUCUCUUCGGACGUGGGAAGGAGAAUUUCUUAGGCCGCAGUCCAAAUAUAUCCCACAAAUCUGACCAACAGGCUGCAAGAAUGACAGGCGGGUCGUUCGAUCAAGACUCGAUCGAUCUGGACGAUGAGGCCGAGUUUCUUUAGACGUGAUUUGGAUGGCUGACCGACAUUCUCUCAGCUUCGCGAUCUCCUCCAUAGAUGGCGCGCUGAAUGCCGCCGUCCCGUGGCUGAGAGAUGCUCGGCAAUUGUUGAAUUUAUUUACUGUGUUGUUUGUUUAUUUAUUACUUUUUUUUUUCAAAAAAGAUUUUUGUCAUCUUGAAAUAGUUACCACCUGUGUGCACAGAGAAUAUUCCGAUGCGGAUGUUUUUAAUUAUAUAUAUAU